AUGGGAUCGAGUGAUUCGGCUGAAAUAACAAAUUUGGUUGGAGCAUAUCUUUUAUAUUGCCUAAAUAAGGAAAUUCCUGAACUCCAAGGAGGCCUUUAUAGGGAUGAUGCGUUAUUUAUCAUACCCACCAACAACAAAUCAACCAUAGAGAGAAUGAGAAAGAAUAUUGGGAAAUUCUUUAAAAGCUUUAACCUUAGCAUAACUUUUGAAUAUGGCACUAAAAUCGUCAACUUUCUUGAUACCACUCUUAAUAUUAGCUCUAAAUUGCACUAUCCCUAUAGAAAAGAAAAUGAAGUUACUAAAUAUGUAAAUAGAUCAUCGAAUCACCCACCAAAUAUUUUUAAAUCUAUUGUAAAAACCAUUUCCGACAGAUUAACUAAACUGUCCUUAAACCAUGACAUCUUUAAAUCAAAUUCCCAUUACUAUAAUGAAGCUUUAUCAAGAGCGGGCUAUGACCAAAAAAUUUCUUUCCUUAUUCCUAAAUCUAUUAAAUGUGAUAGUAACAAUAAUGAUAAUAACACUAAUAAUGAUAAUCUAAUUAUCCUAAAUAAUGUUACCAAUCAUAAAAAUUUAAUUAACGUAAAUAAUGAUAAGAAAAGACCUACUAAUAAUAACUUAUCCUGCUCAAACAAGAGGAAUAAAAAUGUAAUACAACCUGAUAAAUGCCUACACAACCAUAUUAACACCAAUAAAAUACCUAGCUUAAGAAAUUAUAAUAAGGACCAUAAAAAUUAA